UUUCAGCAUUUCCUCCAUUUUGUGGUGUCUAUUAACAAUACAAAAAUAUCAUCCUGUAUACGAGUAGAUACAUGAAAUAAUUAUUUGUUUUAAAGGAUUAAGAUAUCGCGAGACUGACAAUAAUGUUUCGCUCUAUUCGUUCUGUUGUUAACAGUGCAAGGCAUGGAUCAAGACAAUAUAUGGGUUCCGGCUUACUGGAUACAAAGUACCAACGGGUGUCAGAUUACUACGCGGGCAAAUCGGUUUUCGUUACAGGAGCAACAGGGUUCGUUGGAAAGGUUUUUAUCGAAAGACUGCUUUCUAAUUGCAAGGAUAUCGAAAAUGUUUUUGUGCUGAUUAGGCCAAAGCGCGGCGCAGACACAGGAAAACGUUUACAAAAAAUAUUUGAUGUUCCGCUUUUCGAUAAAUUAAAACAAACAAGGCCAGGUGAUCUGAAGAAAGUUAUUCCCAUAGAAGGAGACAUUACAACAUCACAGCUGGGUUUAAAGCCAGAUGACAAAGAGACUUUAGCUGAUAAGGUUUCAGUAGUAUUUCACUCGGCAGCAACCGUCAGAUUCAUUGACAAAUUUCAAGAUAUGAUGAACAUUAACGUAGAGGGAACACAGCGAGUGAUAGAUUUGUCUAGGAGUAUAAAACAUUUAGAAAAAUUCGUCUAUAUUUCGACCGCCUAUUCAAAUUCACAUAUGAAAUUAAUUGAUGAGAAGCUAUAUACUCCUACGAAAGAAUUAUCCGCAGUCCGACAAAUGAUACGAGACCAUGGAACAGAUGAUAAAAAAGUUAAUGAAUAUGUCGCGGAUGUUGCUAAUACAUAUACACUAUCUAAAGGAUUAUGCGAGGAACUUGUGAGGCAAAACAAAGAGUACUUACCGACUAUUGUAGUACGACCAUCAAUUGUUACUCCAAUGUACCGCGAGCCUCUUCCGGGCUGGGUGGACAGUUGGGUGGCAGCAACAGCUGUCUUCAGCAACGUAUCCAGGGGUCUCAAUCCGUACAUUUAUAGCUCUGAAGACGUCGUUUGCGAUCUUAUUCCCGUUGAUUACGUCGCAAAUUUAAUCAUCAUAGCCGGGGCUAAGGGAGAAAUAUCGGAUGACGUUUCCGUCUAUAAUAUAAACUCCAGUUCGGAAAAUCCUAUUACUUGGAAAAGCAGUUCUAAUUCAUAUUUAGAACAGAGCAAACGAUUAGGCUACUGUAAAAAGAACAUGCGAGAAAUGAAGGUAUCAAAAUCAAAAUUCGUUGUAAAUACCAUGACAUUUAUUCUGCAAACCGUACCUUGCUUCUUUGCUGAUGUCGGACUAAUCUUAAGAGGAAAAAAACCUAGACACUUAAAAGAAAGUUCUCGAUCAUCUGUCUUACGAGAUAUUAUUAAGCCGUUUACGUCUACAUCCUGGCUUAUUAAAUCGAAAAAGACCCAGGCUUUAAUCUCCUCUCUGGAUGACCAUGAUAAGAAGUUGUUCCCAUGUGACGUCAACAACAUCGAUUGGAAAGAAUACAGUGCUAUAUUCUGCAGAGGCGUUCAGGAGUUUUUACUGAAAUGAAGACAAGAUUUCAUUGUAUUUAAAUUACUUUUUUCUUCAAGUAUCUCCUUUGACUAGAAAAAAAGAUUUAAAGCUAAUAUAGUAAGGAUUUGAGUUUGAGUUUGAGUAAGAGAAUCUCUAUCCUGAAAUGUAAACAUUGUAUAAAUUAAAAGAUUAAGUUUUUUUGGCCACGUAAUUUCGCUUUAAAAUGUUCAAUUAAAUCCAUGUAAAUGGCGUUUCAAGUGAAAUAGUGCUGAUCGUAGCGCCAAUUAAUUUUAUUCUUACUAUCGUAUCUUCAGUUGAAUUUAAUAAAAAUUUAUAUAAUUACUUAUAUGCAACACAGUUAUUAUUCAAAUAUUAAGCUAUCUUA